GGAGGACAAGCUGCAGUAUUUCAGAGAGGCGGCGUCCUCCAACAAAGCACAGCGCAAAGUAUGUGCGGGUGAAAAACGUCUCUGUCCGCAGCUCAGGCUUCAUGAAUAGCGGCAGUGUGGCGAGAUCCGCCCGCUGUGGGGCCGCAGUGGACGGAGAGGGAGGGAGGUGAGAGUUCAGCAUGGCUUGGCCAUAUCAGGUGACCAUGUGGAGGAGUUGUAGGAGCUGCUGCAGCUCAGACUUCACCAACUCCGGAGAAUGACGAACCAGGGAGCCGCAUACGGCGAAGACGAAGGCGAGGAUGAAGCCCUGGCGUUCGGAUAUUACGACGAAGAUGAUUUCGAUGCCUUCACGGACGCGGACGGAGACUGUGACUGCGAGCAGGGAGUUCUGGGCUUCAGAGACCCUUUCAGCAGCGAGGUGAAGCCUCGUAUCUUGCUAAUGGGUUUACGGCGCAGCGGCAAGUCCUCCAUCCAGAAAGUGGUGUUCCACAAGAUGUCCCCCAACGAGACGCUUUUCCUGGAGAGCACCAAUAAGAUCUGCAGAGAGGACGUCUCCAACAGCUCCUUCGUCAGCUUCCAAAUCUGGGACUUUCCCGGCCAGAUUGACUUCUUCGACCCCACUUUUGAUUAUGAGAUGAUAUUCCGGGGGACGGGAGCGCUCAUCUUCGUCAUUGACUCGCAGGAUGAUUACGUGGAAGCGCUGAGCAGGCUUCACCUCACCGUGACUCGAGCCUACAAAGUGAACCCAGACAUCAACUUCGAGGUCUUUAUCCAUAAAGUGGACGGCUUGUCUGAUGACCACAAGAUUGAGAAACAGAGGGACAUCCACAAACGGGCCAAUGAUGACCUGGCAGACGCUGGCCUAGAGAGGAUACAUUUAAGUUUCUACCUGACGAGCAUCUACGAUCACUCCAUCUUUGAAGCCUUCAGUAAAGUUGUGCAGAAGCUCAUUCCACAGCUGCCAACCCUGGAGAAUCUACUCAACAUUUUUAUAUCCAAUUCAGGGAUCGAAAAGGCUUUUCUGUUCGACGUGGUCAGCAAGAUUUACAUCGCCACAGACAGCAGUCCGGUAGACAUGCAGACGUAUGAGCUGUGCUGCGACAUGAUUGAUGUGGUCAUUGACAUCUCCUGUAUCUACGGUUUGAGUGGCGAUGAGGCCGGGUCUCCCUACGAUAAAGAGUCCAUGGCCAUCAUCCACUUGAACAACACGACGGUGAUGUACCUGAAAGAGGUCACGAAAUUUCUGGCCCUUGUCUGUUUCCUCAGGGAGGAGAGCUUUGAGAGGAAAGGGCUUAUUGACUACAACUUCCACUGUUUCAAGAAGGCCAUCGAGGAGGUGUUUGACGUGCGUUUGAAAGUUCAGAGAAGCCGCAAGCUUCUGAGCCAGAGGAGGUGGAGCAAACAGGCCGUGCCAAACGGGACCCACUCUCAGCACCACUGAAGACCUGCAGACACCAUCAGCAUCAUCACUAGGGGUGUUUACAAUACAUUGUGGCACAAUGCAGGAGCGUAAUGGUUGUGAAGAUGGGUUACAUCAGCAGCUUUUGUAUUAAAUUAUGUCACAGUUUGUAUACAUGCACUCAAUAAUCCGAUCAUAUUCAGAUUUCUGCAGUUAUCAGAUUAUUCAAAUGGACACUCUGGUUUCUUAGAUCAGAGUGAGGGCUAGAAGUCCGUUGGAAGAAAUCCGACAAAGGGAGAUGCGUUUUAGCUCAGGUAUCAGAUUUUUCAGUGCGGUAAACUCAGACUUAUUUCAGAUUUCUCCGGAAAUAAGCGAGCAGCAAAAACACUUUUGGAGUGAUGCUGAACCCAAAUACAUGCUUAAUGAAACGAAGGAUUUAAAUAAUCUUUAUUUUCUAGAUGAUGUUUGUUCAUAUUUUCAGGUAAAGUGGCACCAUGUUAAAAAAAAAAAGUUUUGUGUUACGUCACAUCCACUUCUGUGAGUUUAUUGGCUGAUUUGUAAAGCAGAAAUCUGAUUUACUGUCCGACUCACGCAGACCUGGAAUUUUCUCACUGUCUGACUACUCAAGUGCAUGUGCACACACUGAUCGACUGUCUGACAAAAUCUGAUUUUCUGCAGUUAUCGGAUUAUUAAGUGCAUGCAAAUGCGCUCCGUGUUUGAACACCAGAGGUCGCAGUCAACUCCGUGUUGCCCUCAGAUGCUCUGACCAUAGAGGCAUUCGAACAGCUUGAAAUUUAUUGCAUGUAAUAGUAGCCGCUUAAUUUUGGCUACGUUCACAUUACCAGGCUGAAGUGGCACAAAUCCGAUAUUUUUUGCCGUAAUGUGACACGGAUCUGAUAUUUCACAAAUCCGAUCUUUUUGAAUCUGACCUGAGCCCCGUUCGUAUGUCAUCCCAGAUCUGAUGCAUAUUUGAUUCAUUGGCCUUGUGACCUCAAUGAGUGCGUUUUCUGAUUUUGGGGGUUUUUUUUUCCCCCUGGGGUGCGGAAUCAUUCAGAGUUACAGUGUCAGCAGUGCCUAAUCUGAAGGAAGAGGCAGCAAAUGUGACACAUGUGAUUCAUUGAUUAUGAUGUCCACAUGCCGAUCAUCAUCACCGAUUGGUUAACAUUAUUGACGGAUUAGUAUCACUAACGAAAACUAAGUGUGAAAGAUCGUAUUAGAGAGAUCGGAUCUGAGCGAAGAAUCAGAUUUGCGGAAUGAGGCUUAUAAUGUGAAUGUAGCCUUUGGUUUCACUCUGAUUGGCUCUUCCCACUGCAGUUACAAUCUCAUUGGCUCUUCCCACUGCAGUUACAAUCUCAUUGGCUCUUCCCACUGCAGUUACAAUCUCAUUGGCUCUUCCCACUGCAGUUACAAUCUCAUUGGCUCUUCGCACUGCAGUUACACUCUCAUUGGCUCUUCACACUGCAGUUACACUCUUAUUGGCUCUUCACACUGCAGUUACACUCUCAUUGGCUCUUCACACUGCAGUUACACUCUCAUUGGCUCUUCACACUGCAGUUACACUCUCAUUGGCUCUUCACAUUUCAGUUACACUCAUUGGCUGUUCACACUGCAGUUACACUCUGAUUGACUGUCUACACUGCAGUUACGCUCUGACUGUCCACAUUGUUCUUACACUGUGACUGACUCUUCGCACUUGUUACGCUCUCAUUGGCUCUUCACACUGCAGUUACACUCAUUGGCUCUUCACACUGCAGUUACACUCUGAUUGGCUAGCUACGUUUCUGUUUCAGCCUGACUGGGUAUCCGCAUUUCAAUUCUUUGUCACAUUCGAAUAGCAUUGUUUAUUUCAGUGAAAAGAAAAAAAAAUCACACUGGAGUAGAUUCCAACAAAAUGCUCAGAAAGAGGUAUUUAUUUAAUUUUAGUCAAACCGCCAAACAGUCCCAUCUCUCCUCCAUGUUAAGACCUUCCCUCGUUUGUUCCCAGUGCCCCGUCCCAGAAAUUCAAAUGAACAGAACAGCAGGACUCAAUCACCCACAUCAACCAAUCACAAGCUUUCUAAUUGCUCUAUAAUGUAAGAAUGUAAAAUUGUGUACCCAGUAUCAGUCAUCAGGUCAUGAGUUGAGUGCAUCGUUACACCCCUGAUCAUCACAAUCAUCACCAUUGCCAAUCGUUACAGAGCAUGACGGUGAAGACCUCGGGGCAGGGCUACUCACUGCUCCGUAACAAUUCACGACAAACUAAGUCAAAACGUUUUGUGAACUAGAAGACGACAGAAGUAAAGAAAACAGACUGGGUAGAAAACGAGCUGUAUAUCUCUACAGGUGCUGAUGGCUUAAAGGAUCGGAGACGGGCCCAGACAGAGAGAGUGACGCCUUUAGCUUGUAAUAUAAUGUUUGAGGAAAGUUCUGGUUGUUGAAUGUUUAGAGUUGUAACUUUCUGCCAAAUGUCUGUCAUUUGCACAAAUCCCUGCUUUUUUAACAGAUUAACAGAUCAACACUGAAGUCAGUCGAAUCAGAUUUUCCUUUGCCUUUUAUGUAAUGAAAGCGUUUGUAAAAUAGUGUUACAGGAAAGUUACAGUGGGCAGAUGAAUGUGUUUUUUUGAAAGUUUGUGCGUGUUGACUUUGCUCAAAUCUGCAUUUUUAUACUUAAGAGAUCACGUUGACAUUUCAGAGCUUGACCUUUUUACACUAAAUGGCUUUAAUUGAGGAAAGUUAGAAUAUUAGUUAAUUGCUAAACCUUUUUUUUAUCCUUGCCUCUUAUAAUGAAAGAAAUGACAAGAAAAAUGUACAGACUCGUUACCUUAAUCAACAGCGUAGUUCAACUUCAGUUAUCUCUCAGCUGUAAAUGCAAGUUAGCAAAUGCACUAGAACCAAGCCGUUUAUACCUGCCAUUUGUUAGGCUGCUAACUUGCUGAAUAUUUAUUUAUUUAUAUUGUUAAUAAAUUGCAUUUAUUUAAAAAUA